CUUCCCUCCCUUCUCUCCCAUCCAUUCGCAGUGACACACGAUGGCCACGACAGAGAGCGAUCCGUCCUUGCAGCCCAUACUCCUCACCCUCCCGUCGCUGACACCCAGUCUAGCGCUCGAGAUCCUGCCCUACGGACUCACUCUGCACCGCCUCUUCGUGCAGGCAGACGGAAAGACACACGACAUCCUCAUCGGUCCCGAGUCACCUGCCGGCCAUAUCACCCAAAAAUACACCAACACCAUUAUCGGCCGCUAUGCGAACCGCGUCCCCGUCGGUACUCACGCCCUCGCGCGCAACGGCCUCUCCGCCAGCCUCACUGCGAUCGCGAACGAGUCCCCCAGUGUCUCCCUCCACGGCGGACCCGUCGGCUUCGACUCGCUCCCGUGGGAGCCUCUCAUGGACCCUUCACAGGCAGAGCUGUUUACGCAGGCAGAGCUCGCGACCGCGAUGGCGGAGAUCCCUGCUGCGUGUGUGUUCAGGCGGAUCUCGGAGGAUGGUGAGGAGGGAUAUCCCGGGCGGUUGCUCGUUGAGGUGCUCGUGGGGCUCGUUCAGCCAAAGGGACCGCCGGUGAACGAAGGGAAGGAAUGGAAUCUUGGUAGUGUGCUGAUUGUGUAUAGGGCAAAGCUGCUGGAUGAGGGCAAGGUUACGCCACUGAAUAUGACGCAGCACUGGGGGUUCAAUCUCGAUGCAUCGUUGCAGGAAGGGCAGAGCAUCAAGGACCAUAAGCUCAAGAUCAAGGCGGACAAUACCAUCCUGCUUGCAUCUGAUGCCAACUCUGCUGGCUCGCUCCUGCCGGUUCAGGGUACACAUCAUGCGCACGCUGAGAAGGAGACGGGCACGAUCGGCGAACGAUUCCCGCCGAAUGGAUACGACGAGUUCUACCUCUUCUCCGAUCGCUCUGUGCCCAUUCCGCCCACGCGCCUCGCAGCGUCCGAUCUCACAGCAGAGACGGACCUUCUCAAGGGAGUGCUCGAUACCGAGGCGCGUGAGCCCGUUGUCGAGCUCGCAGGCGCGAAGAGCGGGCUGCGCGUAACAUUCGACACUAACCAGUCGGGCGUGCAGUUUUACUCGAACAACUUUGCGGACCCGGCGAAGCAGGCGCGGAAGAAGAUCCACGGCGGAUCGGGCGCGGUGGGCGACGGGUAUGAGCCGUGCUCUGCGGCGUUCCUCGAGUUUCAUGAACCACUGGCAGCGUGGCUGUUCCCUGGGACGCAGGGUCCGAGCGCGAAUGACACGCUGCUUGCAUCGGGAGAGGUGUAUAACAAUUUUGUGAGGAUGGAUGUGUGGUAUCGGAGUCCAGAGAGGCUGUAAGUCGGCGGG